UCCUCUUUUCCUCCCUCCCUCCCCUGGCUCUCUCUCUUUCUCUCUCUCUCUCUACCUCCCUCUUCCGCACUCUAUUUCUCACUCGCACAAUUUCUACAUGUCUCUGUCGCUACGGCAACCAAUGCUUUUCCCCACUUCCAGGCGCUCUGUCUCUCUCCCACUCCCUUCUUCAGUGGCAUGAGGUAGGCAUGUGAGCCGAUAUCCGUCUUGAAAGUUCGAAUCUGCAUGUUUCCAAGUGUGUGUAGGUGUAUUUGUGAGUGUUCCCUGGAAGUCAGUGUGCCCUAAAUCUGGAUACAGAUGUUGAGUUUUGUUUGACGGCUCGGGAAGAGGCUUAACGCACGGAAAGCAUCCACAGAGAUGAUCGGAGCGGCAAGGAGUCAGUGAACAGGCUGAAGCGAUGGAGCGAUGCUCCAUCUCUCCCCACAUUGGAUUCAUUCCCCUUUGGAGCUUCCUGCUGGUCACUGUAAUUUUUUGCACUGCCACCGGUGACACAGAUGACAGGAAGUGGGAGGAGUUGGGCGAAAUGCAGAUGCCAGUCACGGCACAGGCCAGCACCACACAGCUCUGGGCGGUGGACUGGGGUCCCACGCAGCCCCUGGAGGACGAAACCCAUCACUUCCUGUCCAGCCUGGAGACGGAGAAUUUGAGGGUGACUACGCCCGAGGACUGGUCGCAUCGUCGGAGCAUGCCCGCCAAUCGAACGCAACGCCCAACUACGGGAGAGAGGGACAAAAUAGAGACAGAAGAGCAGGACACCAAGCAAGUGGACCCACAGUUUUAUGUGACGGUGACAAUUUCAUCUCUGCUGAUUCUCUCUGCGGUCAUCAUCUCUGCUAAACUCUGUUACGACCGCAGUCUCUCUCAGCGCUCUCCGCCUCUCUCCCUUGCUGUCUCUCGGUCCAUAGCUCAGGAGGACAGCAGGCAGACACUGCACAGCACUCCAUCCUUCCCCGACAGAGAGAGGAUACCAGUGGUCAAUCUUUGAAGAGCUGACUGUUUCCGAGCAUGAUAAUCAAAUCCCGCCGGCAUGACACAGACUUUGGGGUGGCCGUUGGUGUGAACACGUGGGCAAGCCAUCCGAAUGUACAUAACAUGUAUAUAGACAUAUAUGGAUAAAUACUUCUGUUUGGACACUCUGAUGGAGACUGUGAGGUUUAGUGGUCCAGUGGCUCUUCCAGUGUCGUUUUUACAGUAUUAAUCUAAUUAGCUCAACGCAGCCAUUCAGAAGGGCUCUGGGAAUGCUAAGUCCUCUACCAUAAAAACAAUCAUUAGCUUCUGAUCCUGGAAUAAGCUGUGAUGUAUGUAGUCAUUAAUUUAGUAACCGGCGUGACAUGCUUGCAUCUCAUGCAUACAAAGUUACAGCUGCCCACCGCUGCCUUUAUCACACUUUGUGUAGCAUUUAUUUGAGCUUAAUGAAUGUUAUUUUGAGUUAUUUUGAAGUUAAAUAUAAUUCACAUCAUUUGUUUAUAGUGUUUUGUUUCAUAUGGCUCCGUGUCCCAUGGCAACAGUGGACUGCAAUGACGUCAGCUAAUAUAAACAGAUAUCUGGAAACACCUCUGCAGUGUUACCUUAUAAUUUACACUAAUUAUCUGACGAACGUUUUCGUAAAUCUGGCUCAACAUCUGUUGAGGUGUUCGUGAAAUUUACGUAAUUCUAUUCCAAGUGUGUUGUUAUGGUUCUUAUUAGUGUUAUACUUCUAAAUCAUGGCCAUAUAGCUCUUCUCGGGGGUCUUUUUUGGUUAGCAGAAAGCUAGCACUCACCACAGUGGUCGAUGUGUGUGAUGUUUUCAUGUUGAGUUUAUGGAAAGCACAAUUAAGGACAUGUGUGAACACAUACUGAAAAAUAAGCUUGGCGCUUCCAUGGCAUAUUUAGUUUGAUGAUAAGCAAUUAAAAAAACAUGCCACACAAGUUUGUUUGAUCUAUCGCAAUGCUAAAAACCCAUGGCUAGCGAGGCAGCUUGGGGUUUCUUGUUUAUGAACCACAACUAUCAGGAGGGUUUGGGUUUUUAGACGAUAGAAACAUUUUUAAAUCUGUCCUGAAGUCAGUUGUGCCGUCAGUGUUUACUUCUGUAUUUUGACUAAUUUGAUAAUAAAAGAGGAUAUUCAACAGGAAAAAUUAAGGAAGGACGUUCUAAAGGACAAUUGUGAAAAACUGGCGUUCUUUUUCAGAAUGGAGUCAGACUGAAUGCAAAUUUGCAAAAUCAGUGCGUGGAUAGCUAAUUGGCUAAUCAGGGGUUAACGUUAUCCAAUACAGUGCAACAGUGUCCGCCUACUUUAUCAGCGGGCUUGAUUUCGGAAGUAAUUUUCCCAUUCUUUUUUCCCCAUAGGGAUUUAAAAUAAAGUCUUUAAGAGUUAUAAGCCAUGAACCAAAUCAACCAACUGAAUCACAACAUUGCAAACUUUCAUUUGAAGCAAAAAAGUAAAAAA